AUGAAGGUCUCAGCCAUCCUUUUAUCGCUCCUUACCGCCGCCUCUGCGGUAUCUUCUCGUUCUCUGUUUGGCGCCCAGAAUGCUCUCGUGGAUGAGGAGCCCAAGUUCUCAGUUCCCGGCAAGAAUCCUCUAAACUUCUGCGCCGAUCCCAAGGACUACAUUCUCACCGUCGACUAUGUUGACCUGUCACCAAACCCACCUCUCCCAGGCCAAAAACUGACAAUUACCGCGAACGGAACCUUUUCAAAGGAUAUCGAGCCGGGCGCUACCGUCUUUCUCCAGGUCAAAUAUGGGCUCAUCACGCUCAUCAAGCAAGAAGCAGACCUCUGUGACAAUCUACCAAAGAUUGACAUUACAUGCCCUGUUAAGGAAGGUGUCAUGACGCUGAAGAAGGAAGUUGAUAUCCCUAAGCAAGUGCCACCUGGGAAGUACACGGUUCUGGCCGAUGUCAACACGGUUGACAAAGAGAAGAUCUCAUGUAUGGAGAGCACCGUCUUUUUCAGCAGACCUUAG